AUAUACGGAGAAUAAAUGAAUAAAUGGCUCGAGAACCAAAAAGAAAAAGACAAACAAGAAAAAGAAACUGUAAAGGGCAUAGGGAAAAAUCUUAUCCCUUCUCCCGUUUGUAGAGACCUCUUUCCAAUUCGUGUUCUUCUGCAACUACUUCCCAUGGAUCCAACAAAGCAAGAAGAAAUCGCCCAAGAUUUCUCCCCAAUGCUCCGGGUUUACAAAAACGGCCGCGUAGAAAGACUCAUGGGCACAGCCACACUCCCACCCUCGCUCGAUCCCACCACCAACGUUCAAUCCAAAGACGUCAUCUACUCCCCACAGACAAAUCAACACGCCAGACUCUUCCUCCCCAAAUCCACCCACCCAAACCAAAAGCUUCCCCUUCUAGUCUACUUCCAUGGCGGCGGCUUCGCCAUCGAAACCGCCUUCUCCCCCACCUACCACAACCACCUCAACACGUUAGUCGCGGAAGCCAAUAUCAUUGCCGUCUCCGUCGAUUACCGCCGAGCCCCGGAACACCCUCUCCCUGCGGCGCACGACGACUCAUGGGCCGCUCUCGAAUGGGUCGCCUCCCAUUCCGACGGAACCGGCCCGGAAGAUUGGCUAAACCGACAUGCAGAUAUACAAAACGUGUUCUUCGCGGGUGACAGUGCGGGUGCCAACAUAGCUCAUCAUAUGGCCAUGCGAGUCGGGGAAAAAGCAUUACCAGCGGUGAAUCUCAACGGCGUCGUUUUGGUUCAUCCGUACUUUUGGGGCAAAGAGCCAGUUGGCGAUGAGGUUAAGGACAUGUCGUUUAGAUCCAAGGUCGAUGCCAUGUGGCUUCUUGCUUUUCCGGACUCGAGUGGGUCCGAUGACCCGCUUCUGAAUGUCUGCGGGUCGAGCGGUCCGAGCCUGGCCGGUCUCGGGUGCCGGAGGGUGCUGGUUUGUGUUGCGGGGAAGGAUUUUCUCCGAGCGAGAGGUUGGGAGUACUACGAGAAGUUGCUGGCGAGUGGGUGGGAAGGUGUUGUGGAGAUUGCAGAGGAUGAAGAAGAGAAUCAUGUUUUUCAUUUGCUGGAUCCUACGAAGGAUAGCUCCAAGGCUGCUGUGAAAAGAAUUGCUGCUUUCAUCCGCCAUGAUCGCACCAUUUGAGCUCCACAUAUAUAUAUAUAUAUAUAUAUGUAUUAGCCACUUUUUUCUUGGGUUAAUUUCACUCAUUUUUAUGUUAUUCUGAAUUUUCCUUAAAAUAUUGCAUUAUAUUAGUAUGCAUGCAACAUUAGUUAAAUAAUAUGUACUAAUUUUCUCAAAU